AGCCGUGCCUGUCAGAGUGGCUGGCGGCAGUGGCGGCUCUCGGGGCUGGGUUGUCAGUCACUGAGCAGAGGGGGAAGAUGGCUCGCUGGGACCCGUUCUGUUAGGAAGAAGGGGGGCAGGUGGUGCUGCUACUCGGGAGAAAGCAGAGAGCAGCCGCUGUCGCUGUCGAGUGAGACAAGUCGAGGUUCUGGAGGUGGAGCUCGGGAAGCCGCUCUGCACCCAAGUUGUCAUCGUGCAGUAUCAAGAUUGAUUUUUUGAAGUACUCAUCUUAAUCUUGUGGAAAUGGAUGCCACUCUGGAAAACUCCUUAAAUGGAGCCUGGGACCCCUGGUGCCACCGUGUAAUACUUUGUCAUUUUUUGGAGGGGAGCAGAUGGAAUUAACAGUUUGACUAUUGCUUGUUAUUGAGAGCCAAGUACUGCCAGAGUCUUUUUGGUCCUAUUGGAGUUAGGCUACAUAUCUGCACUGAGAAAAGAGAAUAUUUAACAUUUAUGCUCAGAAGAAAUCCUGUUUGCUUGCCCUUUGGAUAUAUGGUUUUUAAAUACACUGGAAGAUAAAAUCAUUGCUCUGUCUCCCAAAUGAGACUGAGGAGAGUUGUGAUUAGAAGUUGUCAAAGGCCCAUACUUUCUAUCCUGAGAAAGGUCGAGGGUCUAGAACAGAUGUGGAAAGAUGUUCACUUCAGAGAAAGGGGCUGUGGAGGAAUGGUUGUCAGAAUUUAAGACACUACCAGAAACAUCUUUAUCAAAUUAUGCCACAAAUUUGAAAGACAAGAGUUCUUUAGUUUCAUCUCUGUAUAAAGUUAUCCAGGAGCCACAAAGUGAGUUGCUAGAGCCUGUCUGUCACCAGCUCUUUGAAUUCUAUCGCAGUGGAGAAGAGCAGUUGCUUCGAUUUACACUGCAGUUUCUUCCAGAAUUGAUUUGGUGCUACCUUGCCGUCUCAGCCAGCAGAAAUGUGCAUAGCAGUGGAUGUAUUGAAGCUCUUCUUCUAGGGGUUUACAAUUUGGAAAUAGUUGACAAACAGGGACAUAGCAAAGUAUUGAGUUUUACGAUUCCAUCUUUAUCCAAACCAUCUGUAUAUCAUGAACCUUCCAGCAUUGGGUCCAUGGCUCUGACUGAGAGUGCACUAUCCCAGCAUGGUUUGUCAAAAGUUGUGUACAGUGGACCUCACCCCCAAAGGGAGAUGCUGACAGCACAGAAUAGGUUUGAAGUGUUAACAUUCCUUUUGUUGUGUUACAAUGCUGCUUUAACCUACAUGCCCAGUGUUUCUCUUCAAUCACUGUGUCAAAUUUGUUCAAGAAUCUGUGUUUGUGGCUAUCCCCGACAACAUGUAAGAAAAUACAAAGGUAUAAGUAGCAGGAUACCAGUUUCUUCAGGAUUCAUGGUGCAAAUGUUAACAGGGAUUUAUUUUGCCUUUUAUAAUGGAGAAUGGGAUUUAGCUCAAAAAGCAUUGGAUGAUAUUAUAUACAGAGCUCAGCUAGAAUUAUAUCCAGAGCCAUUGCUGGUUGCUAAUGCCAUAAAGGCUUCAUUGCCUCAUGGUGCCAUGAAAUCUAGUAAGGAGGGUACAAGGUGUAUUCAAGUUGAAAUCACACCAACUUCCUCUAGAAUAUCAAGAAAUGCAGUAACCAGCAUGUCAAUAAGAGGUCAUAGGUGGAAAAGACAUGGAAAUGCAGAAAUAACAGGUCAAGAAGAACUGAUGGAGAUAUCUGAAGUUGACGAGGGAUUUUAUUCCAGGGCUGCGUCUAGUACCAGCCAGUCGGGUUUAUCAAACAGUAGUAACAAUUCUAGUACCAAGACAAGUGUAGGAAAGACUCAGAGACGGUCAGCAGGAAGCAAAACUGGAGGAAAAGAGAAAGAAACUACAGGGGAGUCUUGCAAAGAUCACUUUGCCCGAAAACAAACUCAAAGAGCCCAGAGUGAAAAUCUUGAGCUUCUCUCUUUGAAGAGACUGACGUUAACUACCAGCCAAUCUCUGCCUAAACCUUGUAGCCACAGUUUGGCUAAGACUGCCGCAACUGUGUUCAGUAAAUCCUUUGAACAAGUCAGUGGUGUCACAGUCCCACAUAACCCAUCAUCUGCUGUUGGCUGUGGGCCUGGGACAGAUGCCAAUAGGUUUUCUGCUUGUAGUCUCCAAGAAGAAAAGCUUAUUUACGUUUCUGAAAGGACUGAACUUCCAAUGAAGUAUCAAUCAGGUCAGCAGAGACCUCCUAGUAUUAGCAUUACUCUGUCUACAGAUUAAUUGGUAAUAGUUUUCUCACCUAACCAGUGAAUCUAGAGAGAUAACUUUGCUUCUUUUGAAAGUGCCCAAGGUCUGUCAUCCUUAUUCCAGACAGGAGCCCUGAUGUCUUAAAUUCUGAAGGCUACCUUGACUUUAUGAAGGGAAUAAUAUGUAGGUUGCAAUAAGUUGAAAUAUGGUCUUGUUAUUUCUUGGGUGUAUUUUCCCCCUUGAUUUGAAUCUUUUUUUCUUUCUUAUUUGUUGCUGUUGCCCUAAGAUUGUAACAAUACAUCUUGGCAGGUUUUCUGGUCAGAUUGGUUACAUCUCAUGAGAGGUCGUGAGUUCUUAUUUUUUAAUAACUCCUACUUUGGUAGUUGUAUGUUUGGCCUUCAGAGUCAAAGGGAAUCUCCAUGGAUGGGAACUGUUUCUGAAAGAAGGAGGCAGAGGUGCAGCCCGGGAAGGCUCCAGCUGACGUGCAGCAUGGCAGUCUGAUAAACAGGCACGUGAGAAAACAAAAAUGAUGUGUAUGUAAGUGCCUGAUGAGAAUGUUUGUAAUCAGAUUAUCCUUGAGAUUAGUGGAAUUGUUGAUAUAAAGCACUGGAAAAUGCCUGCCAACUCAGUACCUAGACUAUUUUAUAAUUCCAGGGGCUGGGUAGAGGGAUUUCUGUUAUCUGUGGAACAUUUUUACAUCAAAAAUUAGAUUGCUAGUAGAUGUGUUGUUUUGAAAUAUUUGAUCUGGAUUUAGUGGGUGAAAAUACCCUUCAAUUCCUAAAAUGUAAUAGGCUAUGAAGAUCAUUUACCCUGCUGCUUGACUUUGGAAACCCUAGGUAGUUUGGUUUCCUAUAAUUCAAAUCACACAUCAUUGAACACUUCCUGGAAAUCAUUGUAAAUCGUGCAACACAGCUCUCAAGAUACCAGUGUCAAUCAUAUAAUACUGAAUUGUUUGACGGCAAAUGAAGGAUAUUAGGUAAAUUUUUUCUCUAUAAAAUGUCAUGAAAGAAAAUAUAGAGAAAUAUGGACAAAGGACAUUUAUAUAUUAACUAAUUUAGGUUAUUUAUGUUUGUGUUCUUAAAUUUAGAAUUAUAAAAUGUGAAAAAAAAAUUUUUUUGUCAACAGGCCUAUUUUAAAUAUUCUUGUUUUGAUAGAAUAAUCAAUGUAGUUGCCCCCAACCAAAAAAUAGAAAUGAAAAAGGCAAUAUAGCAGAAGCUAAACAAACUUGUAUGUAGCUAUGGAAAACUAUGUGACCUCUAGAUAGACGUAAAAGUUUGGUGUUUGCUUGUGCGAGUUGUUUUGGCUAUGGUUGAGGUUCCUUGUAAAUCGAGUGUACUUAACUAAUAAUUCAGAGUGAGAGAGAGAAAGCAAGGCUGAGGAUGAGAGUAAGACGACUGGGAAGGAAGGCCUAAGGAGCAGUCCCCUCUUUGUCUCUUUCACUGUUUGUACACAGUGGCUUCCUUAUUUGCAGUCCCUGGCUGUGGUCACACAGAACAUGCUAGUUUUCCUUUUGUGCCUGCUUAUGCAGAGCUCAAAUGUGAGAAAUUUUUAUGUCCUGAGGAGUGCUAAAGCAUACACUAUGAAUGCAGUUUUGACCCUAACUGCUUUAGCUACCGUUUUAAAUCUAAUUCUUCAAAAAGCAUGAACUAGUUUUCAUUCAUUAACUCUGAAUAGAAUAUGGCUUUUAAUAUAAGUGAAUUUGAGUUUUUUAGUUCUAGUAAUAGAAAUGGAAUAAGAUUGGGGUGCCUGUGGCUUAGUCGUUAAGCGUCUGCCUUUGGCUCAGGACAUGAUCCCAGAGUCCUGGGAUCGAGCCCCACAUUGGGCUCCUCCUACUGGGAGCCUGCUUCUUCCUCUCCCACUCCCCUUGCUUGUGUUCCCUCUCUCGCUGGCUGUCUCUCUCUGUCAAAUAAAUAAAUAAAAUCUUAAAAAAAAAAAAAAGAAAUGGAGUAAGAUCCAUUGGCGUAAAUUAUAGUAGAAAGAAAAAAAAGAUAACCAGACAGUGAAAGUUGAUACUGUAUUAAUUUAACAGGAAUCCUGUGUACAAUUUAAAAUAUUUUAAAAUAUCAGUAUAGAUUUCCUAUUGUCUUUUUGUAAUUCUUGAACAACGAAUUUCCCCUAGGCAUGGUAGCUACUAACAGUAUUAAUAGUCUUAAGAACUACUUUAGAAGAUUGGCAUUUUAAACAAGUUAAGGUGCUUAGGAAACUUGUAGAAAAAGUUUGAGGAAACAGCUGUCACAAACGAGAUCAGAUUUUAAUCAUCAACUGCUAUAAUGGAUCUUCAUUUUGGUAUUAUUCUAGAUCAUUGCUAUUCCUAUAGUCUGAGGACCAGUAUUUAGCAUUGGCAUUACUAGGCAUCUUGUUAAAAAUGUAGAAUUUCAGAGCCACCUUUGUCUACUGAAUCAUAACCUGCAUUUUAACAAGAUCCUCAAAUGAUUUUUAUGCACAUUAAAGUUUGAGAAGAGAGUAUUAAAGUACAAAUUAUGUACCUAGUAUUUAGAAUUCUCAGUGGUCUCACAACCCUAGAUCAAAUAUGUUAGAUACUAAAUAUUAUAAUCUUCAUUGUUUUUAACAGCUAAUGAAUUUUUAAUAGUGUCCAUAACACUUAUUAGAUCCUCUAAUUCUAAAUUUUUAAUGACUUUCAUUUAUUUUUACAAUAAAAAUAAAACAUUUUGUAUUUUUCUUGUUAACUAUAAAUGGAAUCAAAGCUGUAGAUGCCUACAAUUUUAGGUAUGAAAGGGGUACCAUCCUUUUGUACAACGCACAACAAAUCUGCAUGCGUAUAUUCUUUUAAAACUCUGAAGGCUUACUCAGUAGAGUGGAUCUGAAUUUAUGCUUCAAAUAAUUUGCACCAGUUGAUUUUCUGGAGUGUGAAGUUAUGUUAACAGUAAAAUUAUUUAUAGUACCUUUGAUACUGUUUCAAAUAAGGAUUAUACAUUUGAAAAUUUUUAUAGCAAUUAUAAAUAUUGGAUAAUGCUAACUUUUGUUAACAAUUACAAUGAUCCCUAUUGCUCUCUUCCCACUCAUCUUUCCAGAUUGAGUCGAAUUCAUAUUUGUAGGUUGUUUUCUCAUGAAGAUCCUGAUGUAGCCAUGUGGUCACAGAUCUCCUAUGUAUCCAGAAUAAUACCCUUUACCACAAGAAGGAUUCUGCCCAAAAUGGGUCCUUGUACCCCAUACUUCAAAGGAUCUGAACAGAAAUUGUAGUUCCACUCCACAUUUUAAGCCAUUAGAGGUUUGAAAUUACCCAACCUCUCACUCUUCAAAUACCCAACUACCUGAGGUAUUCUAAUGAACCUGGGUCCCAGCAUUUGCCUUUGGAAUGAAGUGGGGAGAGAAACAAAGUAGACUUUUCAAGAGGACCUAGGACAAGUGAGCAUCCUGGAAUCCCUUUUACACCACCGUGGAACUUUUUAAGGAGGCUCUGUAGACUUGAAGGUUAGAAAUCCUCAGCCCUUAAAUGAUGACACAGUUUGUUUUGAAAAAACAAUAUUUCAUUGCCCUUUUCAAUUAUGAAGCAACUGCUUAGCAAACAUUACUCACAUAAAAACAAAAAGUUGAAUUAAAGGGAAAUAUAUUUUUUAAACCAAAAUAGAUAAAAAUGAUCUCAGUUGUAAGGGAUUUUGCCUAUUUUGGAAGAAUAAAAUUAAAAUGUUAAAACCUUUACAUUUAAAUUAUAGAGAAAAAAAUGUACUCUGAGACAUAAUUUUAAACAAAUAUUUAAAAUAAGGCUGUUUAACGUUUGAGUUUAUAGGCACAAUAAAUUUACACUUUACUAAAGGGAAGCACAUCAAGGAAUCUUUAUGGUAAAUAAUGUGACUGAAAAAAAUGUUUUUAAAAAAGCCAUUAAAAAGAAUAAUUUGAUGGGUACAUAAAUUAAGCAUUAUAGAUAGAAAUUAAUGUAUAAUAGUGUAUUCCCAGUCUUUGGAUGAAAAAGAAAAACUCUAUUUCUUUAAUUAGCAUGAAUUUAUACUUUUAGAUUAAUUGCUUAGUAAAAUUAUACUUGAUACUUUGAGUUAUUCACAUUUGUUUGAUUUUGUUAAAUUCUUUAUCAGAACUUAAAUACAUUGUCUUCUGUGCUUUGUAACUUGUGCAUAUCUAAAGAGACUAGCAGCGUACAUUUUGGAAGAUGUUUUUGUGUUUUUUUAUAGUAGAGUUCUGGAGUACUUGUGUCUUGAUAUGAAGUUUCUAUUAGUAAACUCAAGAUCUUAUUUUGCAUACCUUUGCUUCCUCUUAUGUGGAGUUUUUUGUGUACCUCUUAUCUUCUAAUCAUGUAGUGGUACUAAUUUUUUAUAGUGAACAUACUUGUUUCUAAUUGUAUUCCUAGAGUUUACAUUCCUAAGAAUAAACUAUGACUUUGCAUAUUUUUAUGUGCUCUCUACCUUUUUAAGGCUAUGGAAAUAAACUGGAGUUUAGUUUUUUGAAGUUUUGUAUAUUUGUGUAAAUGUUGUCCAUAUGCAAUACUUUAUACAACAGUGUUGCCUCUUGUUUUAUUGAAAUAAAAACUGAAAAAAUAUUUUUUCCAGAUCAUUUUACUCAUUAAAAAAUCAUCAUAAAUUUUUGCAAAAGUCAUGAUGUGGAGGAAGAAAGUAAAGGAGGAAGACUUAGGUGAGUUGAGCCAUUGAGAACUUUUGGGAGUAAACCAUAGGACAAUGACAUCUCAUUUCUGGCUUUGUUUUACCUGGCCCAGGGAUAGGAAAUGUGAUAGGUCCAUUGGUGUCCAUUCAAAAGAAAAUGAGCUCCAUGGGUCAUGAGCCAUUGACCCAUUAUUUAUCAUACCAGAAGCACUGGCAAAUUUGGAUAACAAUGCUUUGCCCUUCUAUCUUUAAUAUGAGUCUUUAUCUUUUGAGUGCAGAGAUUUUAUGCCCCUAAUUCUUAGCAUUGGACUUUUUGCACAGUAGGUAUUGAGACAUUUAAAGAAUGAGUGAGUUAGAUUGAUGUUAGUUUUGGGAAAGAAUCAAGGAUAGGGUCUCCAAUAUAUUAUAGUAAAAUUUUAGAAUUUCACUUAUUGGCUCUAGGAAAUCUCUAGAAAGGCAUUAGUUGAAUUGCUUUACUGUGUGUGCUUAGAAACAAAACCCUCUUAGAAACUUGAAAAGAAAUUCCUGAUACGUAGUUGAUUGUAUAUUUGGAUAACUCUCUUUUAUCUAAGAAGCUGAGUAAUUUGGGAAAUGUUUUCUGAACUACUAUUAGAAGAGUAUUUAUAGAGAACCACAACAGUGAUUUUGUGAGCAGUAUGUUAGCCUUAUGAAAUAUACACUCUCAUAGUGACUUUAGUAAUCCCAAUAAAUAGUUUGACUCAACCUCAUAGAAUCUGACUGUGGUAAUACCAACAUAAUUAUUUUGUAAUUAUUAAGAAAGGCUUUUACAAAUAAUUCUAGACAUUUGCUGAUUUUCAGUGCAUUGUUAUUGUGGUGGUGGUGGUUAUACAUAGCUAAUAUAUGUAAUGAAAAUUAUAAUCUCAUUUAAUCUUCAAGACAGUUCUAUAAAAUGAGCAGAAUCCUCAUUUUACAAAAGAGGAAACUGAAGCUCUGGGGGCAGGCAACUUGCCCAAGGUCACCUAGCUGCUGGGUGGCGGAGCUAGGGCUUGAACACAGGUCUUAUGACUCCCACUUUCCUUUUAUAUUACUUGGUAAGAGGAGGUACUACGUAGAUACUACAUAGUGGACAUAUAUUUGAAAUUCAUCCAUCCCAUCUGUCUUAUAGCUGAUAGAGUUAAGUUCUGAUGUAAAAAUAAAAAUUUUCCAAAAAUAAAUUAUGAUAUGUUUUGUAGAACUGUAGAUAAUUGUGUUUCAGUGGUAAACUGAAUGCUGGUUAUUCUAAAGACAUGGUAAAAAAGCAAAUUAAGAUUUAAUUUAUUUUUUUUACCUGCCAGAUAGAUAAAGAUGAAAGAGAUUGAUAUUAGUAUGGCAUAGUUGUGGGAAAACAUUAGUCUCUGAGAUAAUUGGCAGGACAAUUAGUGCAACUAAGUUGGUAAGCAAUUCAGCAAGAUCUAUCAAAUUUUAAAGUGUACAGACCCUCUGACCUAGCAAUCCUACUCUUCUAUGUUUAUUCCACUCUUUAUAUUCUACAGAAAUUUUAGCAUAAAUGUUUGAAGGUAUUCAUUGCAGCAUUGCUUAUAAUAGCAAAAAAAAAAAAAAAAAA